AUGUCCAUGCGUCUGGAUGCGGGACCCAUGUUCGGCAUCACCCUGAUCGCCGCUGCCCUGAGAUUUUGGAAUAUUUCGUGAGUCAAGCGUGUCGAGACGCAGUGCAAUCGCGGACUGCACCAUCACAGUCUUGCGGAUGUGUGGUCCACGCAUUCACCUGCUUUCGGUAUGACUAUAACCACGUCUUCUUCUGCCAAUCUCUCACGUCAGCCAUCCAGCUCAAGUCGUCUUCGAUGAGGUCCACUUUGGCAAAUUCGCUGCUUACUACCUGAGGCGAGAGGUGCGUGCAGGUCAGAUGCGUCUGGAAAUAGAGUUUGCCUGGCAAGCCGAACGUCUCGGGCACCUGCUACGACGUAUGCGGGAAGAGGCGGGCACCCUCGGGCUUUGACUCUUCAAGCUGGCUUCAACCCGUCUGGCUGGACGCCCAGCGAACUAGCCGCAUCACGGUCUCCUUUGUAUAGCAUGGCUCACCACACCCCCUCUUUGCGGCUUUCCAGUACUACUUCGACGUACAUCCGCCCCUCGCAAAGCUGCUCAACGCCUUUGCAGGCUGGCUCUCAGGAUUCAAGGGCGACUUUGACUUUGAGAACAUCUCUGACGACUACAUUGCCGCAGGUGUGCCGUACGUUGGCAUGCGAGCUUUGCCAGCUCUGAUGGGGAGCGCGGCUGUCCCGAUCGUGUAUGCGAUCAUGAGGGAGACGGGUCACCUGCCUGCGACUGCUUUGCUCAGUGCAGCGUUGCUGGCGUUUGGUACGUACAUGGUGCUUGUGCCCUUGAGAAAAGCCGACCACGGGGCCCUCUGACCUUGAUACUUUGCCAUUACUUGCUGAACGCGCGCAUCUAGAUAAUGCUCACAUUGCCCAAGAUCGCCUGAUCUUGCUAGAUGCUGCACUGUGCUUGUUCAUGAUUGCAAGUCUGUACAGCUACAUUCGGUUCUACAAGGAAAGAUACAAGUACGUGUCGGAUGAGUUCCAAAGACUCCAGGCAACGAUAAAUGAAGAGCUCACUUGGCCUGCUCGUCGGCCCUUUCACAGUGAAUUCGCAACUCAAUGGUGGUUCUGGAUGAUCGCGACAGGAGUCAAUCUGGCCCUUACUCUCAGUUGCAAGAUGGUCGGGCUGCUGACGUUCGCUAGCGUCGGCGCUGCCGUUGCGUACGAUCUUUGGAUACUGUUAGACAUCAAGCGAGGACUCUCUAUGGUGAGUGCGACGUCAACCCCAAGCUCCGACUCCGCUCACCGUCCUCAUCAUCCCGCAACCGCAGGAUCACGUUCUCAAGCAUUUCUGGGCCAGGGUGCUGGGCCUGAUCAUCAUACCGAUCUUCGUCUACCUCUUCUGGUUCUGGGUUCACUUCAAAAUUCUCACUCAAUCCGGCACGGGAGACGCCUUCAUGAGCAGUCAAUUUCAACAGACCCUCGAUGGCAAUUCGAUGCUGAGCCAGGCACGAGGUGAGUCGUUUGUCAACUUGGCUAGGGGAAGCCAAGCUCGGGCGACACGCGGCUGACUUGGCGCACCUCUGAUAGAGCUGCACUGGGGCGAUAGCAUCACCUUGAAGCACAAAGGUACGGAUGCGUUUCUACACUCUCAUCUCGAGCGCUAUCCUCUCAAGUACGACGACGGGCGAAUCUCGAGCCAAGGUCAGCAAGUGACGGGAUAUCCAUACAAUGAUACCAACAAUGUCUGGGAGAUUGCAAAGCCAGACUUGGACUGGACAUCGCUACCGGACUCGGUCGCGGAGGAUCAGCGGCAGAUCAAGCACCUGGAUAUUGUCAGGCUACGCCACAUCAACAGCAACGCUUUUCUGUUGACUCACGAUGUCGCUAGCCCAUUGAUGCCCACAAAUGAAGAGAUCACAGUGUGGCCCCACAACGACACUAGCCGUUUCAACGACACGCUUUUCGAAUUACACAUCGACGGCGCAAAAGACGGCAGCACAAAAGCAUGGAAGUCGAAGAGCUCGUGGUUCAGGCUCGUCCACGUGAAUACUCGUGUAGCUGUUUGGACUCACAAAGAGACGGCUUUGCCCGAGUGGGGCUUUGGCCAGCAAGAGGUGAAUGGGAACAAGAACGCGAUGGACAAGUCCGCCAUGUGGUUUGUGGACGACUUGUACCCGGAUGCACGUGAGUAAAAGGCCCGGCCUGUGAUCCUCCUGCCCGCACGCUCACGGCUCUGUGCUGCUUGCUGAUUUAGGCGCAAAUGAUUACGCCGAGCGCAUCAAGCCCAUCCCACCUCGGCCCAAGACGCGAAUGAGCUUUCUGAAGAAGUUUGUUGAGCUGCAGCUCCAAAUGCUUCAGCAAAAUAAUCAGCUCACUCAAUCGCAUCCGUAUGCUUCUGGACCUUUGAACUGGCCUUUCGUGCUUCAGGGCAUCUCCUUUUGGACGCAAAAUGACACACAGGAACAAAUAUACCUCAUUGGUAAUUUGGUCGGAUGGUGGGCUGCGAUCAUCAGCAUUGCCAUCUAUUCGGGAAUUAUGGGAGCUGAUGCGCUUGCACGCAGAAGGGGCGUAGAGCCCAUCGACUCGGCGAUGCAUCGACGAAUGACUCAUGCCGGUGGAUUCUUCUUCACGGCGUGGGCCUUCCACUACUUUCCCUUCUUCCUGAUGAAUCGACAACUCUUCAUCCAUCACUACUUGCCGGCGCACAUUAUCAGCUGCCUGAUGGCCGGAUGCGUCUUCAACUUCGUCGUCUCUGAAACCAUCAACUUUCCAGUCAGUCGUCCCGGUCCUGGCCUCAGUCAGGCGAAUUUCAAGAGGAAGCUCAACAACACGCUCAGUCCUGCCGCCAAGGCGAGCGCUGGAGUCAUCGUAUCUCUCCUCAUUCUUUGCUUUUGGUUCUUCAGCCCUCUCACUUACGGGACACCUGGACUUACCACCGAAGAGGUGAACCAACGCAAGCUACUAGGAUGGAGUCUGCAUUUUGCCAAGUGA